CAACGACUAACAACAGCCACGCUUGGCGCUGUUGUUAACAGAAUUGUAUCGACCACUAAAGCGUGCGGUUGAAGACGCGGCUAAAACGCGGUGCAAAAUAAUAAUUUGCUACUCAAAUUUAAACUUGUGAAAAAUUGGUUCAAUAUCAGUGCAUUUGUUAUAUACGGGUAUUACUUAUUUUAAAAAAAAAAUAACGACAACAACAACAACAAAAAAUAACAGUGCACAGUUAAAUUUUGAAUGAUUGUAAAAAUAAAACGUGCAAACGCGGUGUGUUAAAGCAAGAAGUGACGAAGAAUAAGCAAAAAAAAAUAGUGAAAAUAACAAAAAUUACAACAAACAAGAAAUCGUGCGUGAAACAAAAGAAAAAAUUGAAGAGCAGCAUUAACGCGCUCCCAACAUUCGAAUAAUCGAACUUACACAGCAAUAUGCCGGCCUUAAAGGCCAACCAACAACAGCAGCAGCAGCUAAAGCGACAACAAUUACAGCAGCGGCAGCAUGCCAGUUAUGAGCCAUCACUACAACAGAAACAGCAACAACAAUCACAACAAUUGCUGCUAGUGAAGCAACAAAAGCCAGCAGCCAAGAACUGGUUCUUACAAUCGAAAGCAACAACAACAACAGCAACACGAAUUACAACGAUGCACAACAAUAAUAGCAACAACAUGAGCAUCAACAACACUGGCACUAACCAUAAACGCGAUAAUGGUGGGCAUGCCAUUCGUUGUUGUCGCAACAACAACAACAUCAACAACAAACGUUCAUCGCUCACCAUAGCGCUGCUGUUGUUCGUCUGCACUUUAGCGUUGCUGAGUAGCGACAACUGCGCCGUUUCGGCAGCCGGCAGCAAUGGCAACAGCGGCGCUGGCGCAGGUGGCAGUGGUGGCGCAUCCGUGCGUACCGGUGCCGGUAAUCCACGUUUGCCCCGCACGAGCGCAAGUCAGCUGAAUAGCGGUAGUAAUGGCGGGCUCGGACUUGGCGGCGGCGGUGGUGCAGGUGUCGGCAGCGGCGGCAAUGGCGGCAGCAGCUUCAAAUUGGCCGCAACCAAAUUGAACAACACACGCAACGGAAAUUUGCGCACAAGAGAACAACAGCUGCUCAACAUCUUUGAGGUGAUAAUAUCGACGCUCGAGGGCAAAUUGAAGCGCAUCGACAGUCUCGACAAGUCCGUCGAGCACAUGGUGAAACGCAUGGAGGCGCUGGACAAUCGUGUGGCAGACAAUCUGCUCAAAACCGACGCGGUCAUCUCCAAGCUGCGCACAUUGGACAACAAAAUCACCAAUGAUAUACAUGGCGCAGCGCAUGACAGCGUUGUCAUUGGCGGUGGACGCGCGGCGCGUAUCGCCAAUAUGGCCACGGCAGAGCAUUUGGACAAUCGCCUCUUGUUGCUCGACCAAAAGGUGAGCGACAUUGAUACCAAACUGGAGGUGCUCAAAACACAAAUCGAUAAUAAUUUCCUACAAGUGGACGAUAUCAAUGCGGAGGCGAGUGAGAAGAAGCCCAUUAGCAUGAAUGUUGUCGAGAUCACGAAAGCGAUGAACGCCGAAGUAAUGAAUCAUGUAUCCACGGAAUUGAAUGAAUUACGCGACACCACAGACAACAUCGAUAAGAAACUGCAAUUCCAUAUCAACAUUGUAUCGGAGAAUGUAGGACGUAUGUUGCGUAUGGUUGGCGAUAUACACGAAGCCGUAGUGGAUCAACAGGAGCACUUGAAUUCAUUGAAUGCUACAACAACAGCAAUGCCGUUAAUAAAAUCAAGUAAAAUCGAUGCGCUCGUGAAGCAAAUACGACCAAUGGUCUCUGUUUCAGAGAAGAUGGACGAAGUGUGGGAUGUGGUGGUGGGAACAAAAUCCUCCGUUAUCAAUGAUUUGCUACCCAAAUCGGAUGCCUUGCUGACACAGACGCAACGGCAGGAACGCGCCAUCGGUGAGAUACACCACGAUUUGAAGGCGAAAACGAAUCAAAUUAUCAACAAUUUGGAUAUGGUGGAGAAACGCUUGAAGAAACAAGAAGACGAUGUGCAGUUGCUGGCACAACGACCCGUACCAGCUGAGUUGUUAAUGGAUCCCACCAUCGAUCGACUCGUCGAAUAUGAUCCAAAUCGCUACUCCGUUAUCGAUGAGUAUCCCGAGACGAAUAUGCCCACCACACCGAUCGGCACAACGGGCAGCACUACCGCGCCACCGCCAACAGCGGCCGCCACAACUGCCACACUCAACGCAUACACCAAUGCCGCAACGACGACGCCCAGUCCCUCGGUGGCUGCUGGCAGUCAACCAACUGUAACCGCAUAUACCGUUACCGCGGCGCAAAUGGCUGGCAGCAACGGCGCUUCAACAGCAAGUGUCGCCUCAUCCGCUGCCACUACCACAACAACAUCAGCCAAACCGCUCUCACGUAAAGGUGGCAUCAUUUUCCCCAGCGUCAAAAAUAAACCAUCUGUGGUGAAUUCAACAUUCUCCACGGAUAUACUCACACUGAAGGACAUUAAGGGUUUCUCUUGUGUUGACCUCUUGAAUGCUGGCAUGCGUCAAUCUGGUGUGUUCUAUCUACAAAUUCGUGGUACAACCUAUUGGUUUUUAAAGGUGUUCUGUGAGCAAGAAGUUACUGAUGGCGGUUGGACGGUUAUACAAAGGCGCGAUGACUUCGGUGAGCCGCGUGAAAACUUCAAUCGUGACUGGGCUGACUAUAAGAAUGGCUUCGGUGAUCCAGCAAAGGAAUUUUGGUUGGGUAAUGAGAACAUUUACAUGCUCACCAAUAAUGAGGAUUACGCGCUGCGUGUAGAGCUUGAGGACUUUGAGGGCAAUAAGCGAUAUGCACAAUACUCGCAUUUCAAAAUCCACUCAGAAGCUGAUUACUAUAAAUUGGAGAUCGAUGGCUAUGAAGGCAAUGCUGGUGAUUCGCUUAAUGAUCCAUGGUACGGUUCUAACAAUAGUCCUUUCUCGACUUAUAACAGAGAUAACGAUCGGAGCUCACUGAAUUGUGCUAGCAUGCUGAAGGGCGGCUGGUGGUGGAAGUCAUGCGGUCGCGGCCUAAACGGUCUCUACUUACAUGAUCCACAAGAUUUGACCGCACGCCAAGGCAUCGUUUGGUUCCGUUGGCGCGGUUGGGACUACACACUCAAGAAGGCCACGAUGAUGAUACGUCCACGUGCUCCAACACCAAUGGGUAGUACAGCGUCGACUUCAUCUUCAUAAGGGCAGAGUGAAGUACUCGCAGCUAGUUGGAGGCGUAAAUUGUAGCCGAAAGCAACAAUUGUUUUCAUACACGUAAAAAAUCAACCGCAAAGCAGUUUCAAAUCAAAUAGUUUUAAAAGCAGCGCGUUUAUUUACGAAACGAAACUUGUUUCAAGUGUACAGUUAUUUUUCAAUUGAAAGCUCCUGCACUAUGGAAUUACAGCGGAAAUACGAAAACUUGCAUGCGCUCCCGCAAAACAUACAAACUAUACGCAAACAUAACACAUACAUAACAUACAUUUGCAUAUAAAAUGUAAUUGUACACCAUUUUCGGGUUGAUUUACUUUUGGUUUUGAAAUUAUUAUUACGUUAUUAUUUUCGUUUUUUUUUUUAUUAGUUUUCGUUGAUAGCCAAUUAUAUAUACGUUUACAUCCUUAUUUGUUAUUUGUUUUACAGAUAUUAACUUAUUUUAUCAUACAUAAAUGCAUAAAAUACAUAUGUACAUUAUUUUCGUACAUGCAUAGAAACAUUAUUUUAAAAUAACGUUAAAUAUAUACAUAAAUGUAUAUAUAUAUUUAAUAUUGGAAAGUAUUCAAUUGUUAACACAACAAUUGCCAAAAUUCAUCAACGCAUCGGACUUUGUACAGAAUUCUAUGCAUGAAAAUUCCUAUUGUAACGUAGCGCGCACUGCGUAACGUAUCGUAAGUGCCUGCUGUAACGUUAGCAAUAUUCGAAAAUCGAAAAGUUAAAAACAAAAAUUGGCCGGUUAUGUGACAAUAUUUUGCCUAUCAUUAAUCAUGCACCACUAAAUUUUAGUUACAUUGAAACAUAUUUUAAAAUGAAAACUAUAUGCAGUUAAAUAUUUAAGUAAAACAAACCAACUUCUUUACGUAAUUGCAUUAACUAACUGUCAAACAUCAGUUUAACUCUACGAAAAUUGAAAUUUUGUUUCUUCAUUUUAUAAUUUUUCACAUUUCGCGUUACAAUUAUGUAUAGCAACUUCAUAAAUUUAAUAUUUAAACUCAAUUCAGUUAUCAUAUUGUAAAUAUUAUUCCUUUUUCAUAUCGUCAACAUAUUUUAUGACUUCGCAUUAUUUCUUUGUUUUUGUCUAUUUUACCAGUUAUCAUUACAAUUGUUUGGAUUUUUUCUUACAUAUAUUCAUUGUUAUUCAUAUUUAUGCAAUCAAUCCAAAAAUGUACAGAACCUUCUAAAUACUCGUAAAUAGAAUUCGUAAUGGACAAAACAAAUAUAGUAUUUGUAAGAGAUUUUGUAGACAAUAAAUAAAAUAGUUGUAAAAGAA